UAAGUAUUAACUUAUUUUGCUAUUCAUUCCGCUUUGUUCCUGAAAUUGCCGCUAAAUUAAAAAAGAGUUCAAAAAAAUGUCGGCAACAGAAAACUUUAACGACGACGAACUCGUAGCCCCGGAAUGGUUAAAUAACGAUUUUCUAAAAAAAGUGAUAGAAAAUUAUGAAAAAACUAAGAACGUGGAAGUAUUCAAUUUUAAACUCACUCCUGGCACUGCAAAGGGCGACCAUUAUGGUAGUGUUAUGUUCAGGGCUAAUGUGGACUACACGGUACAAGGUUCACAGAAAGCAAAAUCAUUGAUAAUAAAAACGACACCUGAACUUGAAGGACACAAAAUGGAAUUUCUACGAGAGACACAUGUUUUUGAAACUGAAAUUAAAAUUUAUACGGAAAUUUUACCAAAAUUUGAAAGUAUUUUGCGCUCUAUUGGAGAUAACACAAAUAUCGGACCUAAAUGCUUGUAUUAUAGUCUGCAUCCAAAAACGUGUAUAGUCUUUGAAGAUCUCAUGCCACUAGGAUAUACUGUACAACGCGAUCGUGAGCUUAACAUGGAGGAACUAACAGAAGUCAUGCGAAAAUUAGCAGUGUUCCACUCGAUGAGUUACUAUCUGAAUAUAAAGGAACCAAUCCUAUUUGACAAUAUAAAAUAUGGUAUGAUGAAUGAUCCUGCAAUGAGCCAAAAUGAUUUUGUAAAAGACGGAAUAAAAAUGUUCUUGGAAGUACUUAAUGACGUACCAACACUAAGUGAAUAUAAGCCAUACUUUGAAGCACUUCAAAAAAAUAUGUUAGAAAAAUGUCGUCAGAUAUUUGAUGAGUAUCGUGAAAAUCCACAAAAGGAUGGCAUAUAUGUACUUUGCCAUGGAGACUUUCACAAUAGAAAUAUGAUGUUCAAAAAUAAUCCCACCAGCAAAAAACUUGAAGACAUACUCUUUCUAGAUUUUCAGCUUUGUUAUAUUGGACCCAUAGUAAAUGACUUGUAUUAUGCAUAUUAUGUGAUGUGUUCAAGAGAGCUACGGUUGGAGAAGUUCGACGAACUACUUUAUCUGUACCACUGCCAUUUCAAGACAAUCCUAAACAAAAUUGGGUUUGAUGGCGUUGUGCCUAAAUUGAGUGAAAUCAGAGCAAUGUUUCUCAGAUACAAAUAUUUUGAAUUAUUUUUGGUGUCCAGCUUUUUAGCGAUGCGUUACCAACAUCUUAAUAAAGAUGUAGAUAUUGAGAGAACGUUGUUCUCAAGAGAUUAUCGCAAGUCGUUUUUCAUGAAAAAAGAAUUUUUGGAUGACCUUCAUAUAUAUUUACGAAAAUACUUACACAAUGGAUAUUUCGAAGAUUUGGAGUAAAUUGUUUACGUAUAUUGUAUGUUGUAUAUAAAAUAAUUGAGCAUUUAUACAA